AUGUUUAUCCCUCAGAAUAAGUCUAAACGACUUUCUCUUGAUAAAAUUGGUCAAUUAGAAGAAGAUUUAGAAUUAAAUCCAUUAGAUUAUAAUAAAUGGCAAAAAUUAAUUGAUCAAUUAAUCAUUAAAGAUAAUCAAGAACAAGUUCGAAACACAUUUGAUAAAUAUUUGAAAAUUUUUAAAUUUGAUGGUGCUUCAUGGUGUAAAUAUAUUAAAUAUGAAUUAAAUCGUGAUGAAAAAGAAAAAGUUGAAAAUUUAUUUCAACAAUGUUUAGGAAUCACCGAUAAUGUUGAAUUAUGUCGAUUAUACGUUGAUUAUGUUCGUGGUGUUACUGAUUUUGUCACUGGAGGAGAAAAAGCUCGUGGUGUGGUGGUCCAAGCAUUUGAAUUUGCCAUUAAUAAAGUUGGCAUAGAUAUAACUAGUGAAAGUUUAUGGCAAGAUUAUAUUCAAUUUUUACAAAGUUGGAACCCAAAUGCCAAUUGGGAACAACAACAAAAAAUCGAUUUAAUUAGAAAAGUUUAUAAAAAAUUCUUGACCAUACCUACAGAAAAUAUUGAAGUUAGUUGGUCUCAAUACACCAAAUGGGAAAAUGAAUUAAAUCCAGCUACAGCAUCGAAAUUCAUAUCAGAAAAAUCUGGUGAAUUUAUGUUGGCUCGUUCUUGGAAUACAGAAUUUAAUCGUAUAACUGAUAAGAGUUUAAAACGUAAUUUAAACCCUGGUGACCAUAAUGAUGAAGAUGUUGUUAAACAAUUGAAAUAUUGGCUUAGGUGGUUAGAAUUAGAAAAAGAAAAUAAACUAGAAUUAAAAGAUGAAACUGUAAAUGAUAAACGUAUUCAAUACGUAUAUAAACAAGCUACGUAUGCUCUACCUUUUGUUCCGGAAAUUUGGUUUCAAUACGUCAAAUAUUUAUUAGUACAGAAUGAAGAAGGUAAUUUACAAGAAAGUAUACGACUUUUAAAAGAAGGUGGGCUUGUUUUAAAUCCGAAAAGUAUGCUUCUUACUUUUCAACUUGCUGAAUUAUAUGAAAGAGAUAAUUCAUUUAAUAAUGCCAAAAUUGUGUUUAAAAAUUUACUUGAUGCCUUACAAAAAGAUUAUAAUUCUGUGGCCAAUCAAAUUGCUGAAUUAAAAGAACGUAUUGAUCCUGCAACAGAUAAAGAUAAUAUUCAGGAAGAUGACGACGACAACGAAGAAGAAGAAGAAGAAGAAAACGAUAACGAUAACGAUAACGAUAACGGUGGAGACCUGAAACAACAACCACCCUCAAAAAAACUUAAACUUAACCCCAAUGGUGGUCAAAAUGGAUCUAAUAGUGAAAAUAACGGAGAAGCAGUAUCAGCACCAUCAUCAUCAGUCAAGCUUCCCCAAGUUUAUAGAAUCUCAUUAGCCGAUUCCAAACAAUUAUUGUCAUUUGAAAAUGAACAAAAGCGUUUAUCAGAUGCAAUUACUCUAACUUAUGUUAAAUUUAUGAUAGCUAGUAAACGUUCCGAAGGAAUUAAAGAAGCUCGUAAUGUUUUCAAACAAGCAAGAAAAUUCACUGAUAUUGGAUAUCAAAUAUUUAUUGAAAGUGCCCUUUUGGAACAUUAUUCUGAUAAAAAAUCUACGGCAUUAAAAAUAUUUGAUCUUGGUAAAAAAAAUUUUGCUACUAAUGGGAAAUUCUUAUUGAAUUAUUUAGAUUAUUUAAUUAUGAUUAAUGAUGUUGAUACAAUGAGAACGGUUAUACAAUCAUCCGAUGCUAAUUUCACUAAAGAAAUUGGUAAUUUACAAGAAGAAUUGAAAUUAACUAAUUUAGACCCUAUAACUAGGAAAAAACUUGAAAAACAAAUCACUAAUUUAAAAAAAUUUUUAAAACAAUUGUAUAAAAAAUAUAUUUCAUUUGCUGCUACAUUUUUAUCAUUGGAUGUUACUCAUAGUUUUGCUAAAAAAUGUGAACAAUUGUUUCCUAAGGAUGAUCCAAUUGAUUUAUUCACUGAUCGAUAUAAAUUGGAUAAUAUAAAUAUUAUCAAAAAAGAUGAAUUAGGUAGAGAUGAUAUAUUAACAUCAUUUGAUGGAAUCAUUGAUGAAGAAGAAUUACAACGUUUAAAAAGACGUAAAUUAUCUAAUGGCAGUGGUUCAUCAUCAUCAUAUUCAUUUAAUGAAGAAGAAUCAAAAUCUGCAAUUAAAAAUAUUGAAGAACAAAAAACAAGAGUUCAACAAGAACAAGAUCAAGAAAAUCAAGGAAUUAAUAAACCUGAAGAAUCAUUUGUUGGACCUUCAAUUAUUGCUUUGAUGUCGGCUUUACCUAAUGCUUCUUAUUUUGGUUUACCUUCAGAAAGUGUAUUUAAUAGUGAAAAAUUAGUAACUUUGUUUGCCAAUUUAUCAAACAUUCCACUGCAAUAA